AUGCAAUAUCGAAUAAAUUUUCAUAGGUUAUUUAAACAACAAACGAAAAUUUUAAAAAUACUUUUUUAUCUGCUUGAAAUUUUUCGUGUCAAUUGUCAUCAAAGCACCACCGGGGUCUUCAAAUUUUGGUUAUUGGGUAUAUUAACUAUUUUAAUAACGACGUUAGUUUUAAAAUAUAAAAAAACAUUUCCAAAAUUCAUCACAUUCUAUUCUUCUGAUAAACCAUUUACGAUAAUAGUCGAAGGAAAUGUCGGGUGUGGGAAAACGACUUUUUUAAAUAAUUUUCAAAGGAAUUCAAAUUUUUUAACUUUAUACGAACCGAUUGAGGAAUGGAAAAAUGUUAAGGGUAUUGAUUUAAUGAAUUUAUUUUAUAACGAUUUAAAAACAUGGAGUUUCUCUUUUCAAACUUAUGUUUUUUUAACAAUGAUGAAAAUACAUGAGAAAAAAACAAACAAACCAUUUAAAAUAAUGGAAAGAUCAAUUUAUAGCGGAAGAUAUGUUUUUAUUGAGAAUUUAUAUAAAUUAAAUUUAAUUACUCAACCUGAAUUGGCAGUGUUAGACGAGUGGUUUCAGUGGUUAGUUAGUACAAAUUGUGCUAAAGUCGAUUUAAUAGUGUAUUUGAGAACUAAUCCCGAAGUUGCUUACGAAAGGAUUUUAAAACGUGGGAGAGCAGGCGAAACUUUACCAUUUGAAUAUGUAACAAAAAUUCAUGAGCUUUAUGAGAAUUGGCUAAUUAAAAAAAAAAAUAAUUCAUUUUGUCAUGCGCCAGUGUGGUGUAUUGAUGCAAAUCAAGAUUUACAAACUAUUAAAAAUGAUUUUGACUAUUUCGAAUAUCAAGCCAUGCAGCAUAUUUAA